GGGGUGGGCGCGCGCUGCCGCCCGCGGGGCCGAAUGGCGGGAGAGGGAACGGGCAACCAUAGAUCCGAAACGACGAAGGGCUGAGUGUGUGAGAAGGAACUGCAGCUGCUGGUUUAGACCGAAGAUAGACACAAAAAGCUGAUGCAGCAUUUAUUUUUAGACAAUUAAAUCAGGCCCUGCGAUGAGUUAUUGACAUGGAAGCUCGACGUACAGCUCGAACCCUCCAGGUAGUGGAUACAGAGUACAGUGCAGAUGCUGUGGAGUGGUGCCCGAUUGACAAAUGGCAUCAUGUACUAACCUGUGGUACUUAUCAAUUAAAGAAUCCUGAAGAGAAGGGGUCAGGAGACUCGGAAAUUAAUAAGCCUCAACUCCGGCAGGGGCGGCUUUACCUUUACUGCUUUCAACAGAAACAGCUUUAUUCUCCUUUAACAGAGAUACAGAGGAUUGAAAUGCCUGCAAUAUUAGAUCUCAAAUGGUGUCAUGUGCCCAUGGCUGGGUAUCCUGUACUUGGUGUAGCGAAUGCUGAAGGAAGCCUGGAACUGUAUAAUCUAACACCAAAUAAGCAGAAAAACAGCUGCUCAUUGGAGCCCAUGUGCAGUGUUAAGUUAGGGCCUGAAAGCCUGGCUCUAUCCCUGGACUGGUCAACAGGAAAAUGGCAUGAACCUGUCAAGAUCAUUUGUAGUGACUCAAAGGGAUGUUUGAGCCUGGUAUCUGUGGACAGCAGUAGAUCAGCAAUGGCCGUGGUCUCCCAGUGGAAGGCACAUGACUUUGAAGCUUGGAUUGCAGCUUUCAAUUACUGGAAUACAGAUGUUAUUUAUUCAGGAGGUGAUGACAGUAAGUUGAAAGGUUGGGACAUGCGGACAGGGACUAAUAAGCCAGUCUUCAUUAGCACCAGGCACUCGAUGGGUGUGUGCAGUAUCCAAAGCAAUCCGCAUAAACAACACAUACUGGCUACUGGAAGUUAUGACGAACAUGUUCUUAUCUGGGAUUCCCGGCAGAUGAAGCGACCGUUGGCAGAUACCCACGUCCACGGAGGUGUAUGGAGGGUGAAGUGGCAUCCAAGUCAGGAAGACCUGCUGCUUGCAGCAUGCAUGCACAAUGGAUACCAUAUCCUGGACUGUGAGGGUGCACUCGCUGCAGGUCAAGAAGGAUGCCCGAUUCUUUAUUCAUACAUAUUACACAAUUCACUGGCAUAUGGGGCAGACUGGUCAAGGUUAUCAAUCGAUGCUCAACCCACCUCAGGGCCUUGGUCUGUACCUUCGUUAUUAGCUGAAACUCAGAGGAAAAAGGAUCCUGAACAAGGAACAAAGGAAGCAGUAGUCAAGUUCCAGCAUCUAAAGAUCCAGUAUGAAUCUCCCACAGGUUUAUUUGAUAUGGUGGUAGAAGAUGAGGCAGAUGAUUAUGGCUCUAGGUCUUCAAGCAGUUUGCAGGCCAGUGGUGCCUCUCAAUGUCCAAGUACGGACCUUGCCAUGAAAGAGCAGCAGAACCUCAAGGCCGGGAUUGAUUGGACUAAAAAGAAAGGUGAUUUGUUGGCAACGUGUUCCUUCUAUGACCAUGUCUUGCAUGUUUGGAAGUGGGAAAGAAACAACACUGUAUCUUCCACUUAAUUUUUUCAAAAAGUGUAUACUAUUAUAAAGUACUGGUGAGGCCAGAUUGCACAAGGGAAGAGUAUAGUUUGAUCAUUUUAAUUUUCAGUAUCCUGUAGAAAAGUUGGGCAUGAAAUUUAUAACAGUUCAUUAUUCUUAAAAUAGUGCCAAUAUUUUGGUGUUCUCGGCUACAUAAAUGCUUCAGGUGAAGGGGAAAGUGGGAUAGAAGUUGGUAGCUUUGUGAUGUAAUUGAUCACACUAUUAAAUAAUAGUAAAAGACUAAAAUAUGGUUGGAAAUAAAGAUACAAUGAGAAAUAUAGUAUUAAUGGUACACGUCCUCCCUGGGUUACAAACACGCGACUGGAUGCCCCAUACACACAGACAAGUGUGUGGAGACUAGUGGGAUGUGCAAGGAAGAAUUUGUUGGCUGCAGCAUCAUGCCAGGGGGGAAUAGGGUCAUUCCGUUGUUGUCUUUCACCAGCUGCAAUAAUGGGUGCUAGAUUGAGGCUAGCGUUGGAGACUUGUUUAUUCAGUGAGUCAGCUAGGCUGACUGACUGUCGCUCUUCCGGAUCUCCCGUCACAGAUGUUUCUGUUUAUCUCUGACUUACAAACAGUUCACAUAACAAACAGUUCUCAGGAACAGAAUCCUUUUGUACACUGGAGAUUUCCUGUAAUGCGUGGAUCAUUUAGUCUGAAACACCUCUUCAUUAAUCCCAAUACUAGACCUACAGAAGAAUUGAGGAGGGAUUUGUACAAGUCAUUUGAAUCAGAUUAUGCCACCCAGGAUUUAAAAAUAAUUCAAGGGGCCUGGUGUCAAAGGUUAAUUUAGAUCUUCUGCCAAUGAUCUUUAUAAACCGAUGCUUUCUGCUUUUCUCUGACCAUGAUCUGUGACUGGUAAAUUAUUACAAUCCACAUUUCUGGUGACAUGAGAAACUGUACAAUUGAAGCUCCUCACAGCAAAGUGUUUUGGUCCUGUGGACCUCUAAUUAACUGGUGCUUUGGUUCUCAGGAGUUUUUGCUAAGAGCUGCUUUUGGAUUUCAAGGAAAUCCAUAGUAGUUGAGCAAGACUAAAUUUAUUUUUUACCGAUGGAUUUAAUGUAUGAAUUUAAACAAUUAUACAUUUUUUAUCAAUCUUUUUUGCAACUGUCUUCCACUGAUGUGUAAGUCAAAUUUUAAAUAUAUACAGACAUGUCUUAUAGACCUCCAGAAUGUAAUUAAAGAGUUAUUUGUUUGAUCAA